UCCGUGUUUGGACUUUCGGUGUGAAGAGGGAAUAUGUGGUUUAUUGGUUGGAAAGGGCCAUCGGGGUUCUCAGCUUCUUCCACUGCCGAUCAAGUAACUCAAGGGAUUGAUGGAACUUCUCUCACCGCCAUCGUCACAGGUGCAUCAAGUGGUCUUGGUCUGGAGACUACCCGGGUUCUUGCAUUGCGUGGUGUCCAUGUUGUUAUGGCAGUGAGGAAUGUGGACACUGGUAUGAAUGUCAAAGAAACAAUACUUAAGGAAAUUCCCACUGCUGAAAUUGAUGUUAUGGAGUUAGAUCUUAGCUCUAUGGCAUCGGUAAGGAAAUUUGCAGAAGAUUAUAAGUCAUCUGGUCUUCCUCUCAAUAUCCUAAUUAACAAUGCAGGGGUGAUGGCAACUCCAUUCAUGCUUACCCAAGACAACAUUGAAUUGCAGUUUGCAACCAAUCAUUUAGGCCAUUUUCUCUUGACAAACCUUUUAUUAGAAACUAUGAAAAAAACUGUACUGGAAUGCAACCGGGAAGGAAGGAUUGUUAUUGUAUCAUCAGAGGCACACAGAUUUGCAUACAGUGAAGGGGUUCGUUUUGAUAAGAUCAAUGAUGAAUCAGGAUACAACAGUUAUUUUGCUUAUGGACAAUCAAAGCUUGCUAAUAUUUUGCAUGCAAAUGAGCUUUCUAGGCGCUUGAAGGAAGAAGGAGUGGAAAUAACUGUGAACGCCCUUCAUCCUGGAUCAAUUAUUACAAAUAUUCUGCGAUACCAUGGUUAUGUUAAUGUCAUUGCUAAUAUGGUGGGCAAGUAUUUCCUUAAAAAUGUGCAACAGGGAGCUGCAACUCAAUGUUACGUGGCAUUGCAUCCACAGGUGAAGGGAAUUUCUGGGGAAUACUUUAUGGAUAGCAAUAAAGCAAACCCAACCUCUCAAGCUAAAGAUUCAGAGCUGGCAAAAAAGCUAUGGGAAUUCAGCGUAAGCUUGACUAAUCAAAAGUAGCUUAGAGGUUUGUUUGACUGGACCCUGAGCUAGAGCAAAAAUAAUUGUGUUAGAAAAGAUGUUUCAGAGAAUUAGAAAUUUGCAGUUGAAGCUUUUAAGUACAGCUCAGAUUAUCCAUUACUGGUUUUAUACGGUCAUUGUUGAAAAUCAAGCAGUAUAUAAUUAUUUUACGUGUAAUCACUACAUAGUAUUUAGCACAUGCAUACCUGAAUUUUCCUAAACAAAACGAAGCAUGAUAAAUUCACAUACCCUUUCGCAUGUGUAUGAAUCUGUAUCGAGUUAACCUGCAUACCUUAGCAAAACGAAGCUCACAAACGUGGGGACAUGUAGUCCCUUAGCAAUCUGAAUUUUCCUAAACAAAAACAAGGGUUGAUUUAUUUUUUAAAAUCUAGUUCAUUUAAAAUGAUUCUACUUGCAGGUGUGUAGUUGUUACUGCAACAUUUUAAGGUCAGCCCACUGAAGCUGAUAAAUUCAGAUCCUAGCACAAAUUAAGUGCAUCAACCCCAACAGA